AUGUGUGCAUUUGAUGAUGUGCGAUUGGAUGCACAUUCGGGUCCGGUUUUUGCAGCGAGGUUCAACGAAGACGGAUCUUACAUUGCAUCGGGUGGUACUGAUCGUACAGUUAAACUAUGGAAUUUGGAGUCGCUGGACACAUCGAACAUAAAAGAACAAGAAGAUGAUGAAGAACAGUCCUUGGAUUCGGAAGGUGGUGUUUAUGAAGAGCUUGUAUGUAAAUCAGCCUUAACCUCGUUGGAAUGGUCAAGAUUAGAGGACUCUCAUUUAUUCAUUUCCUCGGCUGAUCAUUCAGCUAUUAUUUAUGAUUUAAAUAAAUCUGCUAAAAUCAAGACAUUUUCUCACCCUGACUCGGUUAAUCAGUUGAGUGUUUCUAAACGGGAUAUUAUUUUAUCAGCUUGUGAUGAUGGGGUUGUACGCUUGUGGGAUACGAGGUCCAAAUUAGCUGUUGGUAAUGUAAAGACACCCUUGAAUCUACCCGUGCUCACUUGUUGUUUAGAUGGCAAUGCCGAAAGGUUAUACUUUUCAGGCAUCAAUCCUGUGAUUUGUUGUUUUGAUGUAAGGAAGCUGUCCGAAGUAUGGUCCGAGAAUAACGUGCAUUCAAAUAAUGUUACCUCUUUAGCGUUAUCGCCAGACGAAGAUUAUCUUUUGAGUCGUUCUGUUGACAAUACUGUAAAAUAUUGUGAUUCUAGAAAAUUGGCCAAUGAUGACAGCAAGUUCCGAAAUCGAGCUAAACCUUACGUUUUUGAUGGAACCUCCGCUUCGGAGGAGGAUGAGUGGCUAAUACGUGCUAGGUUCAUUCCUGAUCCCAAAAACGAAGAUAUCUCUGAUUUGUUGAACGUCGUAUCUGGUUCAAAUGACGGAUUUACGUAUGUCUGGGAGUUUGCUAGCCGAAGAAUUAUAAAUAGGUUGGAUGGUCAUAAAUCAACGGUAUUAGAUAUAGAUUAUUCUGAAAUCAACAACCAACUUUUAACUACAUCUACAGAUGGAUCUAUUGUUAUAAGAAAUUUGUAA